GGGUCUUUUUUCAAACUAAAGACCCAACUUCAUUUAACCUGAAUUUUUCACUACAGAUUUCGCAGAUGCAAAUUUGAAAUUCCGAUGGAUUUUGCGCUGAAUUCCGAUUGAUUUUUUCGUCGGCCGAUUUCAAUAGACAGCAGCUGAGGUGCAGAGCUUCUUGUAAUGGAGAAGGGGGAUUUUUGCAUCUCCACUAUGGCAUCAUCAAAUAUCGCAGUUCUAUUAGCUAUUGGUGUCAUCACUUUACUUGUGAUACGAAUUAUUUAUGUUAUUAAUAGGAGAAGAAAGCCGCUUCACUCCAAAUCACCACGAUCCCUCAGUACACUUAUUGUUCUGGGUUCAGGUGGUCACACAGCAGAAAUGUUAAACUUAUUAUAUGUCCUCCAAACAGAGAGGUUUAAGCCGAGGUAUUAUAUUGCUGCUGCUACUGAUAAUAUGAGUCUCCAAAAAGCACACGUGUUUGAGGAUUCCUUGCUCGGUAAGGAAGCGCCUGAGGAAGUAGGGGGAGCUGAAUUCAUGCAGAUAUAUCGAAGUCGAGAGGUUGGUCAAUCGUAUAUAACCUCAGUUGGAACCACAUUGGUUGCAAUUGCACAUGCGUUAUGGUUAAUGAUCAAGACCAGACCCCAAGUGAUUCUGUGCAAUGGCCCUGGAACGUGUAUUCCACUAUGUGUAAUUGCUUUCCUUUUCAAGGUUUUGGGAAUUAGGUGGUCAUCAAUUUUCUAUGUCGAGAGCAUUGCAAGAGUCAGGAAGCUGUCUUUAAGCGGUUUACUUCUUUACAAGCUACACAUGGCAGAUCAGUUAUUCGUGCAAUGGCCACAACUAAAAGAGAAGUAUCCGCGAGCUCAUUAUGUUGGUCGUCUUAUGUAAUAUCAGUUUCUGAUCUAUUACAGUGAGGUACGUAGUACUCGAGCUCUCUUAAUGCGUUUGAAGAGUUCUAAAAAUGGAUGUAAAGGGUCUUCCUUUGAAAGAGAAUAUCAUUGUUAUCUUCUUGAGGCAGGGAAAGAAAUUAAUGAUCAUUUC